AUGCUAAUUACUCAAAGGAACAAGAAAACAAAACAAAAACAUUUCCAGUCCUUAACAGAACCUGUGCGUUCAAUUGCUGAUAACCUAGAUUUCCGAUUUCUCCCACAGUGUGAAGCUAUUCCCUCUCUUUUAAUUGAACUGGAAUCACUUCUACGUCAGAAAGAUAAUUUUCAGUUUAUAGUGUUGGACACUAACUGUGUCUGGAAAGUUCCUGGACAAGAUCCCGAUUCCUUAUGCCAAAGCCAGCAUACAAUUGAAAUCGUCAAGAAGCAAAUUCCUACGUUUCACACAAGAGCAAUGCGACAAUCACUGAUGCAGAAAUAUGGAAGAGUUGCUCCAAAUAUAAAGCCAGCUGUUCUGCGUAGCCUCUACCGGGACUUAACAGAUGACAGUUCUGCUGCUACCAAUGAACACAUGGCAGAAAUUGAUGAAAGAGUCAGACUUAUUCUGGAUAUGGAAGAUCCCAAUGUUGUUCUUGACUUGAGAACUUUAAAUACGGGAAACAAAAGUCAAUAUGACGUCUUCUGGGAUGAAUGCAAAAAGUUUUUGGAAGAAGAAGUGGGAACACCUGUUGAUGAUAGACGGCAUGACCAAGUGGUGCACCUUGCUCGAGCAAUAUCAGCAUGAAAUCUCAUUGAGCAAGUGAAAACCAGAUGCCCAGAAGGUACCAAAAUACCUUCUGAACCUUGGCUUCGGCUUCAAUUUUGGCCAAAGUCAAAGCAUGCUCACUCAAAGAUCCAUUACACGGGAAAGUUGAAAGUCAAAUUUAUGGUUCAGGCACGACAAUUCCGAAAAAGUCACCCCGACGCUCACUAUGCUGCUGCCAUUUUCAGAUACUAGCUUGAGUUGGCUGUGAAGUUCAGGUCAUUCAGCAACUUCUCGUGCGUGGACGAUAAACAUCGCGGAAAAGUUGGAGAACCAGGAUUUCCUGUUGCUGCGGCAGAGAGAGGACGCCAAGUUCUUGUGAGCCUUAAUAGUUUGUUCCAAGUUGGUGAUCACAAUUUUACUCAACAUAGCAUUGUUCCUUCAGUCUGCUUCCUGGUAGAUAUUCUUGAAACUGUUGAGUCAUCAUGGUACACCGGUCAAGUCGCAGUAGGCUUAAAGGCUUUUGAGCCAUCCAGUCCUGCACGACACUGCACAGAGCUUGGUAAUAUCCUGUCAUUAAGAAACCUGCAAACCAAACCCAUCUUGUUUCUCUACAGUGACGGUGGGCCAGAUCACAGGCUCACAUAUCAUUAAUGUCAUUAUUCUUGAAAUAUGACUUGGAUUUCUUGUGCGUCGCUCGUACAGCACCAUUUCACUCAUGGAGAAAUCCCGUAGAGCGCAUCAUGUCAUUGCUUAACAUUGGGCUGCAGUCGAUUGGUCUGAUGAGGAAGCAAAUGGAUGACGAGUUCGAAGCAGCGGUGGCCAAAUGCAAAAAUAUGAAACAGCUUCGAGCAGCAGCAGAGAAGAAUCCUACCAUCAAAGAUGGCACCCUUGAUAGUAUUGCUCCUGUGAAAUUACUCAUGUCAUGUGUCUUCCACAGACUGUCGUUGAAAGAAAAAAGAUCGAAUCCUUCGCAGCAGCCACCACAGCCGAAAUUGAAGAGUUUUUGUCAAGCAUAA